AUGUCUCCCGGGCUCCCUGCCCUGCUGUGCCUUGGACUGUGUCUGAGUGAGAGGCUGGAGGCACAGGACUAUUCACUCCCCAAACCCUCCCUCUGGACAAAGCCGGACCAUGUGAUACCUGUAGGGACACGUGUGACCAUCUGGUGUCAGGGCCGGCCUGGGGCUAGAGGUUACAGCCUGGAGAAGCUGGGAAGUGACUGGAAUGCAGUGUCCUUCCCUCAGGGGAAUAAGGCUUCUUUCCCUCUGGGGGAAAUAGUACUAGCACGUGCUGGUCCUUACCGCUGUCGAUACAGGGCCUCAUCUGGCUGGUCAGAGCCCAGUGACCCCCUGGUGCUGAUUGUGACAGGCCGGUAUGCCAAGCCCGUCCUCUCAGCCAUGCCCAGCUCUGUGGUGGCCCCAGGGGACAAUGUGACCCUCCACUGUCAGUCUUCGUAUGGCCUGAAUGGCUUCAUGAUGUCUAAGGAACAAGAAGACAAGGUGACCCCUCAUUAUGAAAGGACUCUGGCCAACUUCUCCAUCCGGGAUGUGACAGCUGCCCAUGGAGGAACUUACCGAUGUUACACUUUUGGUAGUAACAACCCCUAUGAGUGGUCAGCCCCCAGUGAGCCCCUGGUCCUCAGGGUCACAGACCCUCCUGAAGAACACCGCCACCCAGGUACCUGGGAACCAGAGCCCCCAAGUUAUGCUGCUCCCCAGGAUAUCACUGUGGGCAACCUGGUUCGCCUCAGCCUGGCUGGGCUGGUCCUCAUCAUCCUGGGGGUCCUGCUGGCUGAAGCCCGGCCUAGCCAGAGGGGACAGUGGUCCCUGAAAGAAGACAAAGACUCAGAGAAGAAGCAGACAGGGGAGGACCUGGCAGACUCCAUAGGGUCCCCAUCCCUAGCUUGUCACCCUGGGGACUUUGGGGAAUUUCUCUUUGGGAGCCCCUGUCCCCUCCCACACCUCUGCCCCACAAGGCCUCCCACUGAUGCAGUAGAGCCUCAGGACUCUGGCCCCAAGGCAGAGGGGGAAGAGGGUUGUGUGUCUAUGCUGAGACCAGCCCUUGGGGCCACAAUGGCCCCCACACUCUCUGCCUGGCUCUGCUUUGGGCUAUGUCUGUGCUGGGGGACCUGGGCACAAGAGGGCACCUUGGCCAGACCCUCCCUCAGGGCUGAGCCAGGCUUGCUGAUCCCCUGGGGGAAGCCUGUGACCCUCUGGUGUGAAGGGUCCCCUGAGGCUGAUCAGUACCUUCUGAAGAAGGAGGGAGCCUAUCAGCACAUGGUUGAGUCUGCAGCUGGGAGGGGGGCCCAGUUCCUCUUCUCUUCCAUGGCAGCAAACACUGCUGGGAGAUACCAGUGUCUGUACAGCAUCGGACUAUCAUGGUCAGAGGCAAGUGAUGCCCUGGAGCUGGUGGUGACAAGUAGGUAUGAGCCCCCCUCCCUCUCAGCCUUGCCCAGCCCUGAGGUGGCCUCAGGACACAAUGUGACCCUCCAGUGUCAGUCACAGCAAUGGAUGGACAGGUCUGCUCUAUACAAGGAUGGAGAAGAGAUCACCCAAGGCCUGGCCCAGCCCCAUGAAAGGGGGUCUGUGGCCAACUUCCACAUCUCAGCUGUGAGCUCUACCCAUAGAGGGACUUACCAAUGCUACACCUUUGACAGUCGCAUGCCCCAGGAGUGGUCAGCCCCCAGUGAGCCCCUGGUGCUCAGGGUCACAGCCCCAGCUUCCUCGGGUCUCACAGCAGGCGUCCUGACGGGCGUCUCAGCAUCGCUCAUCCUGAUCUUCCUCUCCCUCCUCCUCCUCCUCCUCCUCCUCCUCCUCCUCCUCCUCUGCCACCGACGCCGUCGACUUCGCCAUCAGACCAGACUUGAUGCUGCUGUGAAGGAGGACAGACAGACAGAGGGGGCCAGACAAGAGGACACAGCUGCUCCCAAAAGGGAAGACCCUCAGGAAGUGACCUAUGCCCAGCUGAACCUCACCAGCCUCAGGGCUGGGGCUGAGGAACCUCCCUGCUCUGGCCCAGUGGAGCCCAGCCUCUAUGCUGCCCUGAGGGCUGUGUCUGGGCCGCAGGACGAGGGCAAAAACCAACACACUCCUCAGACCCUCCCUCAGGGCAGAGAAGGGCUCUUUGGUGCCCACAGGGAGAAGUGUGACCCUCAGGUGCAGGGGGGAAAAGGGGGAUAAUUUGUACCUUCUGGUGAAAAAGGAAGAAUAUGGAACAAACCCAAUCAUGGAGGUGAAAUCAGAUGAAAUUGAGGUCAAGUUUCCCAUCCCAUCAGUGACACUGCAUAAUGCAGGGACCUUCUACUGCAUAUACAGACACUCAUCCCUCUGGUCAGAGCUCAGUGACCCCCUGCAGCUGGUGGUGACAGGUUUAGGACAUCAGGAAGGAAGUGAAGCAGGAAUCACCACCAAGCCUCUUCCUCUCCUUCCCACACCUGCCCAGGGGCCAGUCCAGGGACCAUGAUGAGAGCCAGGAUGGACUUUAGGGAGCUAAGUACUGCCCCAAAGUGCAGAGAUGGCUCCU